AAACUUGAUUUCCUUCUGACUUGGUAGUUUAAACUAAACGUGUUGUCUAAAAGGUGAACAUUUGUGACCCCGACUAUUUUUUUUAUUUUUUUUUUCUUGUCAGGGCGCCAUCAAGCUUCGAGAUUUCUUCUGAAUAUACGAUUCGCCCCCGGAAAAACUUAGAUUGGUGUAGAUCCAAACUUGUAUGGCACUUAGCAGCUGUAUUUUGCGUCUCAUCUGGUUCAUCGCAGUGGUAUAUCCUCCCGAUUCAUGUUUAGUGUUGUACAAUUAUAGGUGUGAUUGCUGUUUUUAGUGUUUUAAUGAGAUCACUGUCAAUCACCACCAAUCAUAGCUAGUAUUAUAGAUGUAUCCCAGAAUAACCAAGCCACAGAGUCUAGCUGUAAAGCCCUCAGACCAAGACAGUGGUCACAUAGAAACAACUUUUGGUGUUGGUCCAGCUUCCCCACCGGUUACUACCAUUACUUCAGGUGAUUUAUUGACUCCAACAUCACCAACACCUCGUAAUCGCAGUACAUCUAAUGCAUCAGCAUACGAUGACGAUUUGGUAUUGGACGAUUCUAAGGAGCUUCUUGUGUUCACUGAGCCGCCUAACAAGAAACUAUACUGUAUCCUAUGCAAGAAAGUCUACAAGGAUCCUGUUAUAACACAGUGUGGGCAUACUUACUGUAAGCAGUGUGUCACUAGAGGAGGACAUGAUAAAUGUCCCAUAGAUGAGAGCAAGUUAUCAGUAGUAGUAGCUAACAUAGCGUUAUCUGAACAGAUAGGUGAACUGAGUGUACAUUGUAAAUAUGGCUGUAGACCGUCAAGUAAUGGCAUUCCAGGGGAUUACGAAGUUGACCCUAAUGGAUGUCCAAUGACAGUAAAGUUACAUGACAGAAAGGAACAUGAAAGUCAGUGUGGAUAUGCACCACUGCAAUGUCCCAAUAACUCAUCAUGUCCUCUGAUACUUAAAAUGGACAUGGAGUCACACAUUAAAGUAUGCGACCAGAGAAAGUGCGACCAUCAGAAGUAUGGCUGUCAGUUUGUUGGCACCGAACAAGAACUACAUGCGCAUUUGACAUCCUGUCGGUACGAGUCCAUGAAAGAAUUUCUUCAGAACACAGAAGAUAAAGUGGCUGAACUGCAAAUGAAUAUGGAAAAAAAAGACCAGGAGAUUGGAUUUUUAAGAUCUAUGCUCGGAAAGCUUUCAGAAAGAGUCGAUCGGCAUGAGAAAAGUAUGGAAGUGAAACUUGAAUACUUGGAUGAGAACCAGACAAGAUUUGAAAAAUCCAUGGAUUUGCUGGACGAGAAUCAAAGUCGCAUGUCAAAUGAAUUGUACGAUUUUAGACGUGAAUUCUCCAUGGUUACGGAGGAAUUAUCACAUAUUGAUGCCAGGCUCAACUCAGGGGCUGUAGGAUGUUAUGACACCCAGCCUGUUAUCAAGUGCAAGGGUACAUUUGUUGGACACCAAGGGCCUGUAUGGUGUCUGUGUGUUCAUGGUGAUCUGUUGUUUAGUGGAUCAUCUGACAAGACUAUUAAGGUAUGGGAUACCUGCACAACAUAUACAUGUCAAAAAACUAUGGAUGGUCAUACAGGAAUAGUUCUCUCUCUUUGUGUGCAUGGAACUAAACUUUUCAGUGGAUCAGCAGAUUGUGCAAUCAAAGUUUGGAGCAUUGACACGUUUGCAUUCCUAGGAGAGUUGAAAGCCCAUGACAAUCCUGUGUGUACACUGGUAGCUGCUAAUAACAUGCUAUUCAGUGGAUCACUAAAAGUUAUUAAGGUAUAUGAUAUACACACACAUGAAUUUAAGAAAGAACUGACUGGUUUGAAUCAUUGGGUGAGGGCGCUAGUCGCAUCUGGUAACUACUUAUACAGUGGCUCAUAUCAGACCAUUAAGGUAUGGGAUUUGAAGACGCUUGAGAUAGUACGUGUCUUGCAGACGUCAGGUGGUAGCGUCUAUUCUAUCGCUGUCACUAAUCAUAAUUUACUAGCUGGAACUUAUGAGAACUGUAUUCAUGUAUGGGAUGUUGAUACUUAUGAACAGCAGGAGACGUUAACAGGUCAUACUGGUACAGUAUAUGCAUUAGCCGUAGUGUAUGCGCCAAGUAAUUAUACCAGAGUAUUCAGUGCAUCCUAUGAUAGAACACUUAGGGUGUGGAGUAUGGAGAACAUGAUUUGUACCCAAACAUUAUUAAGACAUCAAGGUAGUGUGGCAUGUCUAGCUGUAUCAAGAGGAAGAUUAUUCUCUGGUGCUGUAGAUAGCACUGUCAAGGUGUGGCAUUAAAAAUGCAGACAAAGAACACAUGCAUGUACAUCAUUUGAUUCUCUGAUAGUAAAUAAAUUUAGAUAUUAGAAAAUUUAUUAGUUAAACAAAUCUGUUAAUACUUCACUCAAACUAACUCAGGUCUGCACUUUAAUUUAUUUGUCUCUCGUCCAUGAUUAUAAUGUGUGUAAAUUCUGCAAUUACAGUUGGUUGUCAGUGUUUAAAUCCUGAAACAUUUUCACGACAAAUGUCAAAGGAAAUAGCAGAUGUUGUAAUGGCAACAUACAACGUUUAUACACAGUUGUUCCAUUGACAUGCAAGUACAGUUUUUUCCAGUGCAAACAAAACAUUUGUAAAUACAUUUUUUUAGUUUUUCUUUCUUGCUGUGCUACAGCUGUAUUGUAAAUAUACAUACUAUUAUUCCUUCUACCUUCACUUGUGUAACCCUCGGUGGUCAAAUAUAAAACAUGGGCAUUUUUUAAUAACAAGACAACAGCUGUAUUGUAAAUAUACACAAUUUUCCCUUCUA